AUGACUUUCACUGAGGUCGACGAGAGACUUGUUAAUACUAUCCGUACUUUGGCUGCCGACAUUGUCGCCAAGUCCAAAUCUGGCCACCCUGGUGCUCCCAUGGGCAUGGCCCCUAUGGCCUCCGUGCUUUUCAACCGGGUUAUGAACUUCAACCCCGCCAACCCUAACUGGUUGAACCGUGAUCGUUUUGUUCUCUCUAACGGCCACGCCUGUGCCCUGCAGUAUAUCCUGUUGCACUUGUAUGGCUACAACUACUCUAUCGAAGAUCUUAAAACUUUCCGCCAGCUCAACUCCAAGUGCCCCGGUCACCCCGAAGCUGAGUUGGAGGGCGUUGAGGUCACCACUGGUCCUCUCGGCCAAGGUAUUGUAAAUGCUGUCGGUUUGGCUAUUGCCGAAAGACACAUGGCUGCCACUUUCAACCGCCCCGGCUACGAGCUCAUCAAUAACUACACCUACUGCUUUGUUGGUGAUGGUUGCCUGAUGGAGGGUGUUGCUUCUGAGGGUAUGGCCCUUGCUGGCCACUUGCAGCUUGGUAAGCUCAUUGCUUUCUACGAUGACAAUCAUAUCACUAUCGAUGGUGACACUGACGUUGCUUUCACUGAGGACGUUGAGGCCCGUGUUAAGGCAUACGGCUGGCACACCCUGCACGUCAAGAACGGUGACAGCGACCUCAAUGGCAUUCUUGCCGCCAUUGAGGAGGCCAAGUCUACUCCUGACAUGCCCACUUUGAUCCGCGUUACCACUACCAUUGGUUAUGGCUCUGUUAACGCUGGUACCCACGGUGUCCACGGCUCGCCCUUGAAGCCCGACGACAUUGCUCAGCUCAAGACUAAGUUUGGCUUCGACCCCAACGAGAAGUUUGUCGUGCCCACUGAGGUUACUGACUACACUGCCAAGAAGAUCAAGGCUGGUGCUGAGGCCGAGGCUCAAUGGAAUAAUCUUUUCGAGAAGUACUCUAAGGAGUACUCCAAGGAGGCUUCCGAGCUUAUCCGCCGCUGCAACAAAAAGCUCCCCGCUGGCUGGGAGAAGGCUCUGCCCGUCUACAGCCCCAAAGACGAUGCCGUUGCUUCUCGUAAACUGAGUGAGACCGUUUUGACCAAGCUGUACGAUGUUCUUCCUGAGCUUAUUGGCGGUUCUGCUGAUUUGACUGGCUCCAACUUGACUCGUCCCAACCAGGCCAUUGACUUCCAGCCUCCUAACUUGAAGAUUGGCGAGUGGGCUGGUCGUUACGUGCGCUACGGUGUCCGUGAGCACAGCAUGGGUGCCGUCAUGAACGGUAUUUCUGCCUACGGUGGCCUUAUCCCUUACGGUGGUACUUUCUUGAACUUUGUUUCAUAUGCUGCUGGUGCCGUCCGCCUCAGUGCUUUGUCUGGUCACCAGGUCAUCUGGGUUGCCACCCACGACUCUAUUGGUCUUGGUGAGGAUGGUCCUACCCACCAGCCUAUUGAGACUCUUGCUCACUUCCGCGCUGUGCCUAACCUCAUGGUCUGGCGUCCAGCUGACGGUAAUGAGACCUCCGCUGCAUACAAAGUUGCGUUGGAGACCCAGCACACUCCCUCUCUGCUUGCUCUUUCUCGUCAGAACCUGCCCCAGCUUGAGGGUUCUUCUAUCGAGAAGGCUUCCAAGGGUGGUUAUGUCCUCCACGAUGUCGAGAACCCCAGCUUGAUCAUUGCCUCCACCGGUUCCGAGGUUGGCAUUGUCGUUGAUGCUGCCAAGCUUCUCGAGUCCCAGGGUCACCGUGUUCGCGUUGUUUCUAUGCCCGAUUUCUACACCUUUGACAACCAGUCUCCCGAGUACCAGCUUAGCGUCUUCCCUGACGGUGUUCCCGCCAUGUCUGUGGAGGUUCAGUCUGCCUUCGGUUGGUCCAAGUACACCCACGAGCACUUCAACCUCGACCACUUUGGUGUUUCUGCUCCUUAUGACCAGGUUUAUGCUGCUCUUGAGUUCACUCCUGAAGGCGUUGCCAAGCGCGCUCUCAAAACCAUUGAGUACUACAAGUCUUCUAAGCCUGCUUCUCGUGUCAAGCAUGCCUUCACACACCUUGUGCAGACCGGCCCUGGCCCCUUCUCCACUCGUGAGCGUGGUGCCAAAUAA